GCGAAGCCGCAGUAUCAUUUCCAGUGGUGCGAGUGUGGGGUUCGUUUCGUCUCUUGUUCGUUCCUGUCGUUCGCGGUGGUUCUCCCUGUCGCGUCUCUGGCUCGGUGGUUGUUCCAUUCGAGUAUAAAUACCCAUUGAUUGAACCUGCAUGGAUACCCGUGACUAACGAAGUGUUCAACGAAGCUGUUCAUCGGCUUUCGCCGAUCUCCCCGCAAAGAGGACCGAAUUUUUGAUCGUUCCGAUCGGCGGAAUGUCGCUCGAUCAUUCGCUGGUCGUAUAACACGAUGUGUUUACUGUUUCGGUGAACGUUCGGUGAGCCCCCUCGGUUGGCGUAUCCUGUAGCUGGCUGUAUCCCGAGCGUGAGUGAACGUCUUAAAAUCGAAGCGCGACUCGGGGAAGAGAGAUGAGACGGGAGACAGAAGCAGAAGCUGAGGCUGCCAGUCGCGAAUUGGGUUACGUCCCGUUCGCCUGGCAACGAUAUAUGACGCAACGGCCACCCUUCGUUGGUAUCCGCGAUCCUCGUGAUCUUUACGUGCCGCUUUAACUGCAACACAGGACUUUGGUGUCGCCGGAGAGUGUGGCGAAGCACGCGAAAACGAAAACGCCAACUACGCUCCAUGCGACCAGUUAUCCCCGCCCCGUUUGCUCGAUUGCGCAGCUAGUUUUGGAGGUUAGCCGAUCACGAUUAAGAAACUUGAACGAAAGCGACACCCGCAGAGCCAGCCGGAUCAGCUGUUUCCCCAGGACGACCUUUCGACUACCCUCUCGGUAGCCCAAAUGCCAGUCCAGCACGCGAGCUUUCCGAAAAUUGUCGCCUCGAAAGCCUCUCACUCGCUCCGUAAACGGAGGAAGGACAAUGUUGUCGUACAUGCUACCGACCGAGGACAAACCACCGCCGGGAGACUCGAAUCAGGCGAAUUACGGUGCUAGUAAGUUGCAAAAGAGUCCCAGGGAACGUCCUCCGAUCGGUUCGAAACCAGCGGGCAAAGUGGUUGCCGUCUCUCCGAAGAAGUCCGUCGACACGGCCAAAACCGCCAUGAUCGUUUCGACGAAGCUCGAGGAGCACGGAGGUGGCGAUCAGCAGCAACAGCAACAACAGCAGCAGCAGCAGCAGCAACAACAACACGGGCAUCACGGACUGCCGGCUGAGAGUCCGAAACACAAUGGCACUGUGGUGAAAAAGUCGACGUUGCACACGUCCAAGGUCACCAAAGAUGACAGCCUGUACAGCAUAAACAGCGACGCCAGUACGGUCGGCAGCGAUCGGAAGAACAAAAUUUUCAACGGAACAAAGCACACUAGUCUGAAGAGGUAAGAGCGAACUCCACGAAUUUUCCUAUCUGU